GGACGUGGAGAAAGAGGAAGAGGUGGUGCUUCCCAACGGCAUCAGGUACUACGAGAUGAGAGUCGGCGGUGGCGACACCCCGCGGCAGGGAGACUUGGUUGUAAUAGAACUCCAAGGUAGAGUAAUUAGAGACAAUGGAAGCGGCGGCAGCGGUGUGUUUGUGGACACGUUCGGGGAAGGGAAGAGGCCGCUGGCGCUGGUGAUGGGGUCGAGGCCGUACACGAGGGGGAUGUGCGAAGGGGUGGAGUACGCGCUGCGGUCGAUGAGGGCCGGCGGCAAGCGGCGGGUGAUAUUGCCACCGGAGCUCGGGUUCGGGGACGACGGCGCCGACUUCGGUUCGGGUGUGCGAGUGCUGCCAGGAGCCACGCUCGAGUUCAUUGUGCAGGUUGACAAGGUGUCCAUUGCGCCGUCUUGAGGUCCUCCUCAGGUGCCAUUAAUAAGUAGUAGGUAGAAUUUAAAUCAUCCUUUUCUCUCUUUCUUCCGUUCAAAACUAUGUAAUCUACUGUUUGGAUCACUCAAGUGUUUAAACUCGUACAAGAAUUUUCACUUC